UCGCUGGAAAGCGGAAAGGAAUUGUAGAAGCAAUUCUCGCGAGAUUUAGGGAGGCUGUAGCCUGGCCAGAGGGGCGGAGGCCUAUAGAGGGACCACGUGGUGGCUCGCGGAGCUGAGUCUCCGGCGGGCGUCCAGUUUGAGUCUAGGUUGGAGUUGGAAUCGUGGAGAUGCGGAAGGAAACCCCGCCCCCGCUAGUGCCCCCGGAGGCCCGGGAGUGGAAUCUUCCCCCUAAUGCGCCCGCUUGUAUGGAGCGGCAGUUGGAGGCUGCGCGGUACCGGUCGGAUGGGGCGCUUCUGCUCGGGGCUUCUAGCCUGAGUGGCCGCUGCUGGGCUGGCUCCCUCUGGCUUUUCAAGGACCCUUGUGCCGCCCCCAACGAAGGUUUCUGCUCCGCUGGAGUCCAGACGGAGGCCGGAGUGGCUGACCUCACUUGGGUAGGGGACAGAGGUAUCCUAGUGGCUUCCGAUUCAGGUGCUGUUGAAUUGUGGGAGCUGGAUGAGAAUGAGACACUAAUUGUCAGCAAGUUCUGCAAGUAUGAGCACGAUGACAUCGUGUCUACAGUCAGUGUCCUGAGCUCUGGCACGCAAGCUGUCAGUGGUAGCAAAGACUUCUGCGUCAAAGUUUGGGACCUUGCUCAACAGAUGAUUCUGAACUCAUACCGAGCUCACUCUGGGCAGGUCACCUGUGUUGCUGCCUCUCCCCACAAGGAUUCUGUGUUUCUUUCAUGCGGUGAGGACAAUAGAAUUUUACUGUGGGAUACCCGCUGUCCCAAGCCAGCAUCACAGAUGGGCUGCAGUGCCUCUGGCUACCUUCCCGCCUCCCUGGCUUGGCAUCCUCAGCAGAGUGAAGUCUUUGUCUUUGGUGAUGAGAAUGGGACUGUCUCCCUUGUGGACACCAAGAGUGCAGGCUGUGCCCUCAGCUCAGCUGUGCACUCCCAGUGUGUCACUGGGCUGGUGUUCUCCCCGCACAGUGCUCCCUUCCUGGCCUCUGUCAGUGAAGACUGCUCCCUUGCUGUGCUGGACUCAGGCCUUUCUGAGGUGUUUAGAAGCCGAGCCCACAGAGACUUUGUGAGAGAUGCUACUUGGUCCCCGCUCAAUCACUCCCUUCUUACCACAGUGGGCUGGGACCAUCAGGUCAUCCACCAUAUCGUGCCCACAGAACCUCUCCCAGAGCCUGGACCUAAGAGUGUUGCUGAGUAGAUUGGAUUUCAGACAAAAAGCAAAUCCCCAAUGAGUAUCCGCUCCCUUUGCCCCUUCCCUCUCAGUUUGUGAGACAACACAGGAGCCUUUUACAGUAUGUUGGUACACCAGAUCUGUGCAGUUAAUAGGCAUUGUCUCUCAGCCUGGGGUAGGCUGGAUUCUGGGGUCCUGUAGCCAGGGAAGAAAAACUUCCUUGAACAUGGAUAUGUAUGUAUUUGAGUGUGUAUGUAGAUAAAUAGUUUUUGUUGAUGGGGGGAAUAAAAAAUCCAUCCCGCAUCUUUCCCAAGGCCCAAUCCCCAUUCCCCACCCCCCCCAGCGCCCGCCCCAAAGUUAACAAAAGAUUUUAUGCUUCCCAUGUAGCUUUGCAUGAGGAAUUGGCCAUGUCUGUAUGAGGUAUGGGAUGUGGGCAUCCCUGGAUUCUUGGAAGCAGCUCAUAGAGAUAGGAGCAAUUUUAUUUUUUUAUAGAGCUUAAUUCACCUUUGUCAUGGGCUGUGCUUCCAUUCACAUCCAGCCCAGCUCACCUUGAGGAAGAGCUAGGACACUCACCACAGUUUUGCACAUCCCUUGUUAUUAAACUGAGCCAGAAGUCCAGUUUCUGGCUGAAUAAGAAGUUUGGCUGGUACCUGUGUAAUGCCCCCACCCCACCCCCGACCCCCAUGGAGUUGUGUAUAUGAGAGAUGAGAGUGUAUUUCUGCCAUAGAUGCCAUAAAAGAGUUUCAGGAUGGAGAGUUUAAAGGCAUUUCAGUUAAAAACUGACACAGACUUGCAUAGGAAUGUCUGCCACUUUCCCACCUGAAAACAGUCUGGGGCCUGACCUUUUUUGCCUCUGGGCCCCUGUCUCUGGAUAUAGGAAGCCUGAAUGCUAUUUUGGGGGACUCUGAAAAUUUUAAAUACGGCAUCAGAGAAAGAAUCGGAAGUACCGGUCAGUGAAAUAAAAAGUUGAUUCAUUGUUGGCUUGUCUUUUGAAGCGUGUGUGUCAUGUGCCGUUAGACAUGCCACUUAUGUGAGCCAUCAGGGUAUCUCUUAUAGCCUAUUACUUUUUUGUGUGCUUCCCCAGCCCCCUAGAGUAGCUAGUUGGAACUUAAGGUAAAUAUUUGGUUACUUGGUUGGUGGCUACUGCCACUUAGAAGUUAUGGAUCAAUUGCUGAUUGUAUUAAAACUAAAUUAAAUCAGUUAUGUACUUCUGUGCUUUGCAAGUUUCGUUUAGCUAAAAUAUCAUGAAACUGGGGCAGUUUCACGGGCAAAGUAUUUGUAAGUAAAGCUGUGUUUCACCCUU